UUGUCCCUCUAUUUUAGUUUCUCUGUGAUCACAAUCUGACAUUUUCGUUCUGAAUCCGACAUUCACUCUCCCUCCCAAUUCUCAACAAUUCCCAUCUCCCAACUUUCAUCAAAACACUAAAAUUGAAAAUUCUGAAAAAAACAAAACAAAAAUGAACGAUCCUCCCGACGUCAAGGCGGUAGAUGAGAUAUCCCACUCGCCUCCGCGCCCGAAAUCCCAGUUCUACAGCCAGCAGCUGCCGAAGACGAGCGGCAGCCACCACCCCCGCAACCACAGCCUCGACGGCGCCGACAUCAUCGGCGCCUCUGACGAGGAAGACUUCUACCGCUACCCCGUCAACCACAUGAUGGAGACGGGUGACGGCGCCGACGCCUGCGAAGACGCUCAGAUGCUGCCCAACGAGCCGCUGCCUGAGUUCGUUGGCAGCGGCGGCGGCGUCGGAGUGUUCAAGGCUCCUAUUAGAGCCGCGAUGCACCCGACCCGGCCGCCGUGUAUCGAGAUUAGGCCUCACCCUUUGAGGGAAUCUCAGGAUGGAAAAUUAAUAAAGACGAUUGCUAGCACAGACACACAGCUGUGGGCAGGGCAGGAAACUGGUGUAAGAGUGUGGAAAUAUUCGGACACAUUCGAGCCGGGGAGUGUCACGGAGACAGCUGGGCGAAGGUUACCAAGGGGAGACGAGGAGGCCGCCAUGUUUCACGAGUCAGCAAGCACGUCUCAAACACUCUGCUUGAUGGUUGACGAAGCGAUUAAGAUGGUUUGGAGCGGACACAAGGACGGUAAGGUUCGUUCCUGGAAGAUGGAUCAGCAGUUCACCGAUGGCAACGCCUUCAAAGAAGGCUUGUCUUGGCAAGCACAUAAAACUCCAGUUCUUUCCAUGACAAUGUCUUUCUACGGUGACAUAUGGACGGGCGCAGAGGGUGGGAAUAUAAGGAUAUGGCCAUGGGAAGGUCUAGAAAAAUCUCUUGGACUAACGCAGGAGGAAAGACGAAUGGCUGCGGUGCUGAUCGAGAGAUCAGUUAUCGAUUUGAGGGCUCAAGUCACCAUUAACGGCGUAUGCAACAUGCCCUCUUCAGAUGUGAAAUAUUUGUUAUCUGACAAUGUUAGAGCCAAGGUUUGGGCUGCAGCCACUCAAACCUUUUCACUAUGGAACGCUCGGACGAGGGAGCUUCUUAAAGUAUUCAACCUAGAGGGUCAGAUUGAGAAUCGCGUAGACACGCCAUCUCAAGACCAGCCAGUUGAAGACGGGGAUAAUGUGAAGUUCGUAUUCAAGGGAAAAAAGGAUAAGCCACACGGCUUCCUGCAGAGGUCGCUCAAUGCUCUGAUAGGUGCUGCGGAUGCUGUUCGUAGAGUAGCUAAGGGGGCGGGAACUUUAGUCGAAGACACAAAGAAGAUAAAAGCAAUGAUGAUUGCUGCAGAUGGUGUGAUUUGGACGGGUUGUUCGAAUGGAUUGAUAAUCCAUUGGGACGGGAAUGGGAACCGCGUGCAGGAUUUCACUCGCCACGCUACUGCUGUACAAAGCCUCUGCUCUCACGGUUCGAGGAUAUGGGUUGGAUACGCAACAGGCAACAUCCAGAUACUAGACCUCGAAGGGAACUUGGUAGCCGGUUGGGUUGCCCACAACGAGCCUGUUAUAAAACUAGUCGUUGGCCACGGGCAUCUCUUUAGUUUAGCCACACACGGUGGUGUCCGGGGGUGGAACAUAUCCUCCCCUGCUACCAUCGAUAGCACAUUGCGCCAACAACUAUCGGAACGAGCAGAUAUGUAUACAAGGCGGGACAAAGUGACCAUUAUGAUUGGAACAUGGAACGUUAGCCAAGGAAGAGCUUCUGAAACGGCCCUCAAGUCUUGGCUGGGAUCUUCAGCAGUCUCCGACGUCGAUAUUGUAGUUGUCGGCCUGCAAGAGGUGGAGAUGGGUGCAGGUUUUCUUGCCAUGUCUGCAGCAAGAGAAACGGUAGGACUAGAAGGGAGCGCUGUGGGGCAAUGGUGGCUAGAUCAUAUCGGCAACACAUUGAACGAAAGAACUGUCUUCGAACGUGUAGGGUCGAGGCAGUUGGCUGCCUUGCUGAUCGCCGUUUGGGUAAGAAAAACGGUGAGGCCCCAUGUCGGGGACUUGGAUGUUGCUGUGGUGGCAUGUGGUCUAGGGCGAGCUAUAGGAAAUAAGGGAGGUGUAGGAUUGAGGUUGAGAGUGCAUGAUCGGCUGAUAUGUUUUGUAAAUUGUCAUUUAGCUGCACACUUAGAAGCAGUAAACAAACGGAAUGCUGAUUUUGAUCAUAUUUUCCGAACAAUGACUUUCAGUCGCUCCAGCGCUGCUGGUAUGGCGCGAUGUCUAUACUUGUCUUGCUCUCUUCUUCUCUACGUAUAUUUAUUUUGUCUGCUUUAUUCGUUUGGCUUUCCGUGGCUCCUCAUUUUCGCAGCUGGUGUUUCGUCGGCUAAUCAGGCUGUCAAAACCUCAAAUCAAACAACACCUACUAGUCCUGAAGAGGCCAGGCCUGAUCUUGCUGAAGCUGAUAUGGUCAUCUUUAAUGGCGAUUUGAAUUAUCGCCUAUUCGGCAUAAGCUAUGAUGAAGCUCGGGACUUGGUUUCUCAGCGAAGCUUUGAUUGGCUUCGCCAGAAAGAUCAGCUACGCGCAGAGAUGAAGGCUGGAAAAGUUUUCCAAGGGAUGCGGGAGGCCAUCCUUAUGUUUCCUCCCACCUACAAGUUUGAGAUAGGAAAACCGGGUUUAGGAGGGUACGACUCGGGUGAGAAGAAACGCAUCCCGGCUUGGUGUGAUAGAGUUCUGUAUCGGGAUAACAAAGAAGGUACGACGACGAAAGAAUGCAGCUUAGAUUGCCCCGUGAUCGCCUCCAUAUCGCAGUACGACGCUUGUAUGGACGUGGUUGAGAGCGAUCACAAGCCCGUCCGUUGCAAGCUCAACCUCGACAUUGCUCAUGUCGAUAAAGCAGUUAGGAGGCAGGAGUUUGCCAAGAUCCUCGUGACCAACGAGGACAUCAGGUCGAGCAUCGAGGAGCUGCGUUUCAUCCCCGAUACGUCGGUCAGCACCGACACCAUCGAGCUCCAGAACCAGGACACAUUCUGUUUCAAGAUCACCAAUCCAAGUCACGAACACUGCGUCUUUUUCAAAAUCGCGUGUCUAGGACUAUGCGCCAAUGCGGACCCCAACUGCCGUCCACGUGGCUCAUUCGGUUUCCCACGUUGGCUCCACGUGGCACCGGCAGCCGGCUUGAUCCAACCGGAGCAAGAGGUGGACGUAUCGGUGCAUCACGAGGAGUUGCACAAGUUGGAGGACUUGACAGGGGGAGCUGCACAAAGCUGGUGGGCUGAAGACGGCAAGGACAAGGAGCUUACCUUGGUGGUGACGGUACGAGGCAGUUGCUCGACCGACGUCAAAACCCACCGUGUGACUCUCCGGCACCGCUCCAUUCCACCCAGAUAGAUCAAAACACAAGAAGCCACAAGGCUAACAGGAAGGUACAUAUUUGUAGAAAUGGAUAUUCUUUAAUGUGUUUAGAUUCAGUAAUAUAUCAAGCAAAUCGUGGUGAUAUUUUGGUAAAAAUAAUGGAUUCGGAGAAAAGGCGGUGACAAUUUUUAAAUAUUUGGAUCCUUAUAUUUUUCAAUCCUAAAAGAAUUGUAUUUUAAUUAGUAAAA